GUAUUCUUUAAAUACAUUCUAUGUUACAAUGAAAGGCGUUAUUGUCAGUGUUUCAGCUAAUCUUGUCAUCCCUUUCCUCACAACAGUCUUGGUGAAGAUAUUUAUCAUGAACACUCAUCAGCCCUAUCAUUAUGUCCAUCUUCCCAACCUAAUAAUAUUUCUUUCACAGGGGAUGUAUUACAGCUUUUUAAGGCGAUGAUGAUGCGAUCUGAUGUUGGUCAGAGGGAGGAGAUGUUCCAGCCUGAAUGCAUAUGAAUGACACUCACAUAUAUAAAUUGAUUAAGUUUCUGUGGAACAUCAUCUAUUUUGCAUGUGGGUGAAAUUGAGGACACGUCCUCCCACUGACAAACAGCCACAAGAUGUUAGGAUCAUCUUGUCACAUUGUUUAAACCAUUACUGUACAACAACAAUUACAAAACACUUGUCUCAUCUCCUGGGAGACGAUCAGUGGACUGUCUCUUUAAAUCCUUCUGCAUCCAUGUGUACAAGCUCCAUCAGCCAAUAUGAUGUCACAAGAGGGAAGACUCACCAUGAGAGGAGGCGAAGCUUGGAUGGCACGUGGAGGGCAUUCCAUCUCCUCCACCGGCGUUAUUGCAUCCAGCAUCUUUUAAGCUGCUGCCCACUGGCUUCUUCCUGCUUCCGACUGCAAAGCAUGAUGGGAGCUGUCAGCCACCCCCUGCAAUUUGCCGUCUGGAGCAGAGCGAGAGGGGGAGGGGAGAGAAGAGGAGGAGGAAGAGGAGGAGGUGGAUGGGCGGCAGAAGUUGAUGGUUGCCAUGGUGAUGCAUACUCAAGUGAACAUAUUGCUACAUUUGUUGACAUCAGUUGGGUUGCGGGGAACUGGAGCCUAUCCCAGCUGAAUUCGGGCCAAAGGUGGAGAACACCCUGGACUGCUGGAGUAGCCGAAGAAAACCCAAGCAAACAUGGAGAAAACGGAAAUGGAAAUGCCACGCAGGAAGGUCAGGAUUCGAACCCAAAACCACAGAGGUGCUAACUUGUCCAUUGUGCAGCAUCUGUGCGGAUGUUAAACAACAAUUUCACCUGCAAUUAAUGAGUAAGCUAAUAAGAUUUUGGAAAAUUUACUUAUAAUUUGGUUGUAUACAUAUAUUUGGCUAU